GAGCAGAGCGCCGCUGCAGCCCCACAGGAACGUCGAUCCACACGGUGUGUGCCAGCAGUGUGGUGUGAGGAUGAAGGAAGACUAGAUAGAUAUAGACAUGAUGGGACCGCACAUCUGAAACCCCCAAUGUUGCUGCUGCUGGACUUUCUAAUGCUACGGAGAAACUCAAAAACUUCGAGGCUUCAAGGAUGUUCUUCUCAGAUGGGACUCUCUCAGCCGUCAGUUAUGCGCUCCUGUUGGGAAUAACGUGUCUGAGCGUCCUGUGCGAUCUCACCAAGGGCUCUUCAGACUUCUCAGGCUACCUGUCCAAAGUGUUGAGGAAUUACACCGAGCAGGCCUGUGACGGAGACUUCCUGUCUGUUCGCUGCCCACCACGCACCACCAUCACCGUCCAAUCAGCUUUCUACGGAAGGAGAGGCGCCUCUGACCCCCAACAGUGCCCCCAGACCUACCAAGCCCUCCUAAGUUCGUAUAACGGUCGGGAGGAUGACCGAUAUUGUUCUGUGUCCACCGCACUACAGAAAAUGCUGGACGAGUGCCAAGACAGAAGGAGCUGUCAAGUCCUUGUCAACAGCCGCGUGUUUGGGACAGACCAGUGUCCUGGCAGCAGUAAAUACCUCAUUGUCUGGUACAAAUGCAGACCUAACUGCCAGUCGUCUGUGGCUCUGCAGGUCCUGACCGCCCGCUGCCAGGGAAAGAAAAGCUGCCUGGUCCGAGCCUCCACCAGAGACUUUGGGGAUCCGUGUUACUCCGGCACCAGGAAGUACCUCAGUGUCAUCUACACCUGUGGUGAGUCCCCGUAG